UGUUUAAAAUUUUCUGACAUUUUAUUUGAAGACUUCUGGUCGACAAAAGACACGUUGAACGAGAACGAAGACAGCAACAUCAAAAUAAAAACCACCCUCAGAGAACUUGUCGUCUACAUCCUAUUUCUCAUCGUCCUCUGCGUCAUGACCUUCGGGAUGACCAGUGGUUCCAUGUUCUACUACAACCAAGCCAUCAACAGUCUCUUCAUCGGAUCUCCCAUCACUGAUGGCAGCCUAACUACAUUCACCAGCAUGUCGUCCACUGAAGAUCUCUGGACUUUUAUGCAGAACAACCUGUUAAACAGCUUGUACCCUGACAGCUGGUACAACCAGAUGAACUUCACCGAUCAAGAGUUUGGAUUCGUUAUGCAUGAGAACAAGCUGCUGGGUGUUCCCCGAAUCAGACAGGUGAAGGUGCGUAACAACAGCUGCAUCAUCCCUGACGACUUUCAGGAAUACAUCAGGGAGUGUUUCGAUUCCUACAAUAGCGACAACGAAUUCAAGCACUCCUUCGGUGGCAUCAACGGCACGGCAUGGCAGUACAGAGAUUCAUCAGAGAUGAAGAGUUCGAGUUACAGCGGGCAAAUCUCAUCAUACGGUGGCGGAGGGUUUGCACAGGACCUGGCACUGAAUCUCGAAGACUCACAGGCCCUCGUACAAAACUUAUUCGACAACCUCUGGAUCGACCGCGGGACUAGGGCGGUCAUCAUCGAUUUCACCCUCUACAACGGCAACAUCAAUCUGUUCUGUGUCGUAAGACUGGUUGCAGAGCUGCCUGCCACGGGGGGCCUAUUCCCUGCGUACACCCUGCAGACCUCCAAACUGCUGAGGUACGUCACACCCAUGGACUAUUUCGUGCUGGCCUGUGAGAUCUUCUUCAUCCUCUUCCUCAUAUACUAUACUGUAGAAGAGAUCAUUGAGAUUCGCAUGCACAAGCUCGCUUAUUUCAAAAGUUUCUGGAACAUUUUGGACGUUCUGAACAUUUUGGUCGGUGUUUGUUGUUGCAUUUUUGACGUCUACAGGACUAUUUCCGUGAACAACGAGCUGGAUAAGUUGCUUCAAAAUCCGGACAAGUAUGCCAACUUUGUUUUCCUCAGUUACUGUCAGGAUAUGGCCAAUUCGGCCCUCGCCAUCAUGGUCUUCUUCUCCUGGAUCAAGAUUUUCAAAUACAUAAGCUUCAACAAGACGAUGACACAGCUGUCCUCCACGUUGAGCAAAUGUUCCAAAGACCUCGGAGGGUUUGCGGUCAUGUUCUUCAUCUUCUUCCUGGCGUUCGCUCAACUUGGAUACCUGCUUUUCGGCGCCCAGGUUCCCGACUACAACUCACUCGGAACUUGCAUAUUCACGUUGUUCCGCUUCAUUCUCGGCGACUUCGACUUCGCCAGUCUGCAGCAGGCCAACAGAGUGCUCGGACCCAUCUACUUCGUCUGCUUUGUUUUUUUUAUGUUCUUUAUUCUUCUCAAUAUGUUUCUGGCCAUCAUAAAUGACACCUACUCCGAAGUUAAGAGUGAACUGGCCGAGGCGAAGAAUGAAUUUGAGAUGGGAGAUUAUUUCAAGCAGGGAGCGUUGAAGAUGAUGGACAAGCUGCACUUGAAGAAAGAGAAACUCGAAGACAUCGAGUCGGCCGUGAAGAGUGGCGACCUCAACAACGACGGUGUGGUCGAUUUUGAAGAAUGGAGACACAAUAUGAAGAAGCGUGGCUAUGCAGAUGCAGAGAUCGAGGCAGUCUUCGCCAGGUACGACUCGGACGGAAACAGGAACCUGGACGGGGCCGAGAUGGACAACAUGGCGGCCGAUCUGGAGAGGCAGCAGGUUAGGAAGAGAAUGAUGAUGAUGGUGAUGAUGAUGAUGAUGAUGAUGAUGGUGACGAUCAGGUAA